ACCGUACUCGUUCAUGAGGCCACCUUGAAGCAUUGUUAAUUAUCGUGGAACCAACCGAUUGCAGGUGAUGAGUACUCCUACAUCUAGCCAUGGUAGCGGGCUACCGCGUCCUCACUCACGGGCGCAACCUCGACCCUCGUCAAGUUCAUCUCAUGCUAGACCCUUAUCAAGUUUGUCUACAGCAAGACCGUUGUCCAGUGCUUCGCUGAGGCCACAGUCACGCCUGUCGCGUCCAAGUUCCAGAAUCUCUCGUCCAGUAACACGACACACUGCUAGACUCCUUCCUCUUUGCCAAUGCCUCGUCACGCACAUCACUCGUCUGUCCCCAGAUAACGAUCCAGAGAACUAUCAUAUUGCGGUUGAUUUCGCCUUGAAGAAUCUGGAACAUGCCCUCAAAGGUGGUGCAAGUACGGACAUGACCACUGUGGAUAAGCGUUUCAGAGGGCAUGUCCAAAAAGCUCGCAUUAAUAACCAGGACACCCUAGCAAAUGCUCUCGAGAAAGCCUACACUAGGGUUAAAGGGCACGCAAAAGACCUAAUCGAUAUCGACGAGGAGAUUAAACUCUCUCACCUUCCUGACCACCUGCAAUUGCUCCUCCUCUUGUCUGCGAUACCGAGUCGGUCUACAUUGGCUUUUGCGGACACUUAUGACGAUAGAGAUUCGCCUGAGAAAGAGCCUCCUCUAACGUGGAAGGGCAUCCUCGCAGAGGAGCCACUCGAAGGCCAGCACUGGGAAGGCGUGUACGGUCUCCCCCCAGGGAGCACAAUCGAAGGAUGGGAGACCAAGGGCACCGACAGUGACUCGUCACUUUCUACAUGGGAUGAUUUAGACUCGCUAGGCAAUGAUGAUGGUGACGAAGACAUAUGGAAUCGUCCAUCGGAAGACCCGCCUUCUCAGGGUGUACACACGCCAGAUACGAGUCAGAGGACUGUCCCUAGUCAUGUUCCAACGUACUUGACAGCGGUAGAGGAACUCAAGGCUCAGCAAUAUUGGAGAGAUGACUGGCAUAUUGGGGUAGAUGUAAACCGGCCAUUUGAUCUAGGAGACCCAUCUACUCUCGGUCCCACGAUGCUUCGUGUACGUGGGGAGAAGGAACCACUCUCACUUUCUGGUCCCGAACGCGAGAAACACAUCUUCGAACGAGAUGCAGUGCGAGAAGUGUUGAUGUGUCUUCAGGGACGGAAGAACUUCUUAAUCUACACAACAACGGACACUUUCCGCUCCGUUCCUUCUCCAACUGCCCCACGCCUCUUACAUUUUACCCUGACAGCUCAGUCAUCGAUUCUUUCCGCACUUGCGGAGGUUACGACGACCGUAUGCCACCUGCGCAAGUUUGCAGCCGCAAUUGUGGAAAACGUGUCAUCAUCGUAUAACCUGUCCCCAAAUCCAGCUCAUUUGCUGUCCCACAGCAUCAGAUCACGCACCAUCGAGGCGUUUGCAGACGCAGUCAACGCGCAAAUACAACGGUUCGAUAGCUGGUGCGCCGCGAAGGAAGAGGCAAUCUGUCUUGCAUCAGUCGGGGUAGGCGAACCACUCGUCGUGAGUUUACUCAGCCUUUCCAAGGACGUCCGUGACACAUUCGCUGGGACAUUCGAUGUGCUGCUGAACUUGCUCCACCGCUUUGUUGGUUAUGUCUCGCAAUCCCAUGAUAGGCGCGACCUUGCGGUUUGGAAGAUUCCGAAUAUGCCGACGCGGAUCCCGCCUUCAGCUGUAUCUGCACUCCUCCUCGAUCUCCUUCUGGAAGCAGUUGAAGAGCAGGCAGCAUUAGGAAACACCCAGACCUCCGAUGCUCUCAUAUCUGUUCUUGCGAGGACUACAGAGCCCACGUGGGAGAUGGUAGGGAAAUGGUUGUUAGAUGGAAUGCCUUCCAGAAGGCCCUGGGACUCUACAGAUGCACCGAGUCUUGAUGAAGAAUUCUUCAUUGAGGAUAAUGAACUUCAGAUCAUGGACCCCGACUUUUGGUCGGACGGCUAUGUCCUACGAGUACUUGUCACGCUCGAGGAAAAUCAGAAAACGCAGUCUGCAGUUCCGGCGUUUUUAGAGCCUGCCGUUAUCCAGAUUUUGGGCGCCGGGAAGGCGGUGGGUCUCCUUCGUGAGAUGGGGACCCGGGUCUUUACCGAACACUCGGAUAGGGAGUUGCUAAACUUGGGGACAUUCAGGGCUCUCAUAGACACCAAUUCUGCCGUUUCCAAGGAUUCUGAGGCGUUGUCUCGCCUGAUUUCAGAGGAGAUUUCGGCUUAUUGCUUGACCGUUGCUAUGAGACUUUCCUGUGUAAUGACGGAGGAGUGCGACCUUCAGCGACAUCUCUCAGCUAUUCAUGGGCUAUUCCUGACGACCAGGGGCGAUGAUAUCAACACCUUCACCGAUAUCCUGUUUGCAAAGAUGGAUGCCCAAAAACAUUGGACUGAUUUCCAUUCGCUGAACAGCGCCUUCAGUGAUGUCGUUGAGCUGAAUGAAUCGAACUGGAUCGACGCGUCUCUCGUGCGAUUGUCCUACAGAGGUAACAAGGCUGCCUCCGCAUCACAAACCGUGAAAGCGAUCGAUGGCUUACUGGUCGAAUAUGCUGUUCCGUUCCCGUUGACGUAUAUCUUCACUCCGAACGUGCUACAGAGUUAUUGUUCGAUCUUCGUUUUUCUUCUCCAAAUUCGGAGAGCGAAGAGCGUCCUGGAACAGAUACUGCUAAGGAAUUCAGUCGCGAACGCGGCAUUGAGAAGUGAACUCAAGGUUUUCUAUGCUAUGCGUGGGAAGUUGUCGUGGUUCAUAAAUACCAUUUUUAAUUUUGUGACAACUUUUGUUAUCCACUCACAAUUGAUCAAGUUUUGGGAAGCUGUUAAUCAGGCCAAAUCGCUGGACGAGUUGAUUACAAUUCACAAUGACCACCUCGACAUGCUUCUCCGCGAAUGUUUUCUCCACUCUAGCACUACGGAAAUAUCAAAAGCUAUAGUCUCUAUACUGGAUAUGUGUCUGCACUUCAGAAACAUGUUUACAGCAUAUGUCGGCGAUACCGCGCAUGAUAUAUUGCGCCUCUCUGUCAGCUUGCGACGCCACAAGAGUCGCCGACAAAGACGCAUUCGCAAGAACGUCAUUGGCUUUUCUCAGCCGGGCGCGAGAUUCGACUCUGAUGACGACUCAUCCGAUACGGACCUUGACGAGGAAGGGCUCAAAGAAGCACCCGAGACUUCCUUCUCGAUAGCUCCCUCGCUCGCACAAGAGGAUCCGUCAGAACAGUUGGAGAAGCUGUCGUCGGAAUUGGAUAGCCUUGUGCGGUACAUUAGAAGGUGUACGGAGAACCUAUCGAGCGGCACGUCGGACGCCGCUCAGGCUUCUGGAAUAUUGGCGUUCACACUGGAUGAUUGGGACUCGUAGGAUCACGUCGAAGUUUGGAGAGUACUGCCACACGACCUUCUGAAGAAGGUUUCGAUCUUAAUACGAGUACACUUGAAUG